AUGGAGUCACGAGGGAUUCUACCAUGGCUUCAAAAACCUGAAACCAACAUCGAACAGGAGGUCUUGUCAGCCAAGCAGCUCGACAGCAACCGAUUUACGCAAAAACCCAAUGCAAUCGAUAUAUGUUCUUCCGAAGAUGAGCACGACUCUUUGCCACAUUUUGUCUUACCACCACAACUCGUACAACCACCAAAUGACCCUCCUCGUGGUAUCAAGAGAUCGAGAACGGAAACCGAGCAGACGUCCUCCGAUGAUGAAGAUGAAGUUCAAGUGGUGUCAUCUGGUGCAGCUGGUGCAGCCUGGCCACAAGGUGUAACCAUGGCCCAGAUGAAUCGAUUUUGGUCUCUCAACCUACGCGAUAUAUUUUCAUAUAUUUAUACAUUAGUUAUGAUCAAUGAAAGAACUAUUGUAUUGUUUUAUCCAAUUGUAGUUGCAGGUGGUUUGUCCAGAUAUAACGAUCACAUGGCCGACCACAUGGACGCCGAUCACGCUAGCAGACCUCCUCAUCCAAUUCGAAUCAAUGCGGCCAACGGAUCGGAGUUCCAACUUGAUGAUAGGUCUCUGGAUCGAACCCGAAAACCACCACCUAUCGCCGUCAGUAAAGACAAUGCAUAUGGCGAAGAAGACGACAUCCUUGAAACAAGCUUUCAAACUUUGAGUGUAUCAGACCAGGCUGAUAUUUCUAUGGGAACGGUUUCAUCGAUCCCUUACUAUGAGUAUAUUGAGGAUCUAGGACUCAAAGAAGAAGGCUAUAUUUAUCGUUUGAAGCCAAAGAAAAUCAAAGAUAAGAUGACUUAUUACGAUCCAUACGAGGAUGUGGACCAAUUAGAAGAUCGAAUAGGUUUCAGAGGCUAUUCCUUAGUCAAGGCGGCGACCCACGAUGAAGAUUGGGUUGUGCGAUGGAUUCACGUUUAUCACCGAGAGAUAUUGGGCUGGUAUCAUCUCAAGUUUCAUAAACAUUGGCUUCAGAUGGCAUCUCAAGGGCGAGCACAUUGUUUUGAGCGUGCUCUAAACAAUAGACGACUUAAACGCGAUCUAUUCAACAAGAUCGAUGGAGGAGGGAAGUUGGACAUAGACCCCGUGAUUGAAAGAUGGCACCAAAAUGCCUCGGGUAUGAAGGUUCCCGGUACGAAGAUGAGACUCGGUGGAAAAUAA